ACAAACAAACAAUUAUAUUACAUAUUUAUUAUUUUUCCCAUGAAUGCCAAAUUUGCAAUACUAAAUUAAACACAAACAAACCUAAUAAUACUCGUAAGUCAGUAAAAUACUCUAAUAGUACUAAUAAUACUUAAAGAACAUGUUCACUCCAGUGAAUUUAAAAACCAUUUAUGAGUAUGAAAACUGAUAGAACCAAUUUACUAAAUAAAAACCUUCAAAAGAGAAUACUAAAAGAAAUUCAUAAAGGAGAUACAUUAACCUUACAAAACCUAAAAGCAGAAAAUACAAAUUUCCAUUGGUGCUAUAUUAGUUACAACAAUAUAGGAGACACUGCUCUACAUAUAGCUGCAAGACUUGGUCACAUUAAUAUUAUUGAUUAUUUACUGCAAAACUACUCACCAUGUUGCGUUGAUAUAAAAAAUAAGGAUGAUAAAACCCCAUUACAUGAGGCUGCUCAAUUUGCCCAAUAUGAAAGUGUGUUACAACUUUGCUCUUAUGGAGCAUCUGUUAAUGCAUUAAAAAGGGCAGACUGGACUCCACUAAUGCUUGCAUGUACAAAACUGCAGCCACAAAGCUUAAAUAUUAUAAAGGAUUUGGUGCAUAGAGGAGCAAUUUUAAAUGUUCCAAACAAAGAUGGUUGGACUUGUAACCAUUUGUUAGCAAGGGAAGGCAUUUUGGAAGGAACAGAUAAAAUUUUUGAAUAUUUAGUGUCAGAGGGUUUAGAAGUUUCAAGCAAAACAAAAAAUGGUAGGACAUCCCUUCAUAUAGCAGCUCUCCAUGGGAAUAUAGGACUUGCCCCUAUAUUACUACAGUACAUAGAUAUUGAUACAAGAGAUGGAUGUGGAAAUACACCCUUACAUGAAGCUAUUUUGGGUCAACAUAUUAAUUUUGUGAAAAUCUUGAUUGAAAGAGGAGCUGAUAUCAAUGCCACUAAUAAUAAUAUGCACAGCUGUUUGCAUUUAGCAUCCAGCCAGAACUACAUAGAAGGUAUCCAUUAUUUGAUUGCCCAUGUAAAUAUUACACGAAUAAAUGAUCAAACUAAGGAGGGAUAUACUGCAAGUCACUGUGCUGCUAGGAAUGGACACACAUUAGCAUUAGAGUUGCUAAGCAAACUAGGAGCAAACAUUAAUAUUAAAGACAAUUUUGGACGAGUUCCUCAUGAUUAUCUUUCAGUGUAACUAAAUGCCACAAAUACUACUAGAACACUAAAAUAAUAUUUUUAUUGUUA